UGCUUUCACAGUUGCGUUUAGAACGUGUUGAUGAAAAGGGCUGCGUUUGUUGACACCGUUGGAUACGUAACUUCUUAAUAAACAGAAACAGAUUUAAGGCGCAUUUGAAAUGUUUAAAAUUGUGGUGUUUAUUUUAAUGUGUGCUGCAGCAGUGGCAAAAAUUCCAAUUCCGGGAAUGAUAACAUUUCCCAGAGAUCACAGCUUCGACAGCAAUUGCACUUUACCGAAUGGCCAAAAGGGCGUCUGCCGAAAAUUGAUGGACUGCGGUACUGCUGUGGCGGAGAAAAAUGAGAGACCCAAAACGUGUUAUUUUGAAGGCACAGAGCAGUUCGUGUGUUGUCGAGAACCACGACCAUCGGAAUUAGCUUGCUCCGAAUACUAUUUUCCACGUGAUGAAGUAAUCAAUGGUUUGGCAACGGCACCUAAUGAAUUUCCUUAUAUGGUCGCUCUUGGCUGGAAUACCACAAAACCAAAUGAGUAUGAAUACAAAUGUGGUGGCGCUUUGAUCAGCUAUGAUUGGGUUCUAACCGCUGCGCAUUGUGCCAGCGUCGGUGGCGAAGAACCGGCUGUAGUUCUUGCAGGUGGUGUCAAAUUGACUUCUACCAGAUUCCCGCCGACGCCCAUCGCAAAUAUUAUUAUACAUCCCAAAUAUGAGCCGCAUAUAUCGUACAAUGACAUAGCACUCAUCAAACUGACACAAGUGCCACAUGAGACCGAACCCGCUUGCAUUGGCGAUCAUUUACCGUUAAUAAGUCAAAAUGCGACCGCUGUUGGUUAUGGUCAUACCGUUUUUGGUGGUAGACCAUCCGAUCAGCUUCUCAAGGCUUAUUUGCAAACCAUUGAAACACUGCUCUGCAAAUCCUAUUUCACCGAUGAGGAUGCGCUGCCAAAUGGUCUGUUGGAUACACACUUGUGUGCAAAAGAUUUGCAAUUCAAUAGAGACACCUGUCAAGGCGAUUCGGGCGGUCCACUGGUUGUAAACAGAAUUAACUUCAAUAGACCAGCAUCAUUUGUGAUUGGCGUGACUUCGUUUGGGCUGGGUUGCGCCACAGAAGCGCCGGGUAUUUAUACAAAUGUUGCAAAAUAUUUGGAUUGGAUUGAGCCCAUCUUGUGGCCACAUUUUAUUCGAAAGAAUUCACAAAUGCCGGAUCGCAUCAUAUUUCCCGAUAUCGAUGAUUUCGAAAGCGAAUGUACGCUGUCGGAUGGCGAGCAAGGCAUGUGCCGAAAUAUCAGAUACUGUCCAAGUGCGUUGGAUUCCAGAGAACGUGUGAAAACCUGUUAUUUCGAACGCUUCGAACAAUUCGUCUGUUGUCGUGAGGUUCCCAAGGAAUAUGCAACGACUAGAGCUUGUUCGACUUAUUAUCCAAUGGUCAAUCAAAUGGUUGGCGGGCUCAGUACUCAACCUAAUGAAUUUCCAUAUAUGGUCGCUUUGGGUUUCGAGACAAUGUUGGCUGAUCUCUAUGAGUUCAAAUGUGGAGGUGUUCUGAUUGCACCCAAUUUUGUAUUAACGGCAGCACAUUGUGCACGGAUUGGAGGCGCCACGCCUUCGGUAGUGUUACCAGGUGGCGGUAGUCUCUCUGACUACACGGUGAAAAGGUAUCAAAUUGCCGAUGUUUUAAUACAUCCGGAUUAUGAUACGAAGAAGGCCUACAAUGACAUUGCGCUGCUCAAAUUAAAAGAGCCGAUACGAAAUUUUACACCAGCUUGUCUGGGCGAAAACACGCUGUUGGACAACGAAAAUAUUACUGCAAUUGGUUAUGGUCACACGCUUUUUGGUGGUAGAUCUUCCGAUGAUCUUUUAAAGGCCUAUUUACUGGUCGUAAGCAGUAAGACGUGUCAAAACUUUUACAAUGAUUCCGUGGAGUUACCUACAGGUUUAAUGGAUACACAAUUUUGUGCGCAGGAUCAGCAAUUUGGACGUGACACCUGCCAGGGUGACUCUGGUGGACCGCUGAUAUUGAAGAGCAUACAUAUACCCUAUGUGGUGGGUAUAACAUCAUUUGGCUUGGGUUGUGCUACGGAAGCGCCCGGCGUUUAUACAAGGGUGUCCAAGUAUCUACACUGGAUCGAGCCGAUUGUGUGGCCGAAAUAAACCCCCAACAUUUUUUAUUUUGAAAUUUUUUGUAUUUUUCAAAAUUUUGUAUUUUGUAUUAAAUAUUUGCAGUUUUUAUAAUUUAUUUAUAAUUAAAUCUAUAAAA